ACCCGACCCGAGACGAGCCCGAUCUUUUCAGCACUGAAGCCAGUGAGGAGUGCCGCCAUUUCCGUUCCAAAGUUUCAAACUUUCAAAGCUUCGAUCGAAGAUUCAGAAGCUCAAGAACACCAACAUCACCGAUUCCUUCGAUCCCAUGGCGAUGAGCACCUUCCGAACCCUGGAAGCUCCCGCGUCCGCCGAAAUCCCCGAGGAUGCCGAAGUAGGGCACGAAUCGGCGGAGGAAAUCGAGAGGCUGGAGUCGGACGUGUCGCGGAUGGCCGAGAAGAUCCUCCAUUACCGCACGGCUCUCCCCGACCAGCUCAAGCAGGCCCUCGAGUUGCUCAAGUCCGCCGAGAGAUUCGACUUCGCCGGCUCCCGGCCCGGAACUUCAGGGGAUUCCGACCAAGGUGCAGGAGAAAUGUCAGUAGCGGUCGAAAGACAUGCAGAGAUAUCGAAGAAGGUCCAAUUGCUUAAAGAGAAAACAGCAGCGAAUGCCUCCAUGGUGCCCAUUCUCUUGAAGAGAAUGAAAGACUGUAUUUCGUCGAUCGACAAUUUGAGCACGCAGGAGCACAGCACCAUUCGCAUCCACUCCACAUUUAACCGAAAGGAAUCAUCAAACAGCUGAAGUAGUAGCUAGCUCAUUGAUUUCGCAGCAGCGCUGUUUUGUACAGCUAGAGUCGAUGUGUCAAUUCCUCUCUCGGGUUGUGAUUAUAGCUUUAAUGGUCUGCUUUUCUACAAAUCGUUACCAGUGAGUAGAAGCUUUUCUUUUCUGUUGUUAUAAUUUUUCGACUCAUUGCCCUUUGCUGCAUUUCAAGUACGGGUUAACUAGCACCGCAAACAGAAUUUGACUUGUCCAGCAGUUCAAAUUGGAAGAUAUUGUGCAGGCAA